ACUGGCAAACUUUUGUAUGUCUCUAAUGCUCUGCGUGACAGGUGCCACGGGCACAAACUUUGCUUUGUUUGGCUGCUUCCGUUGCCAUGGCGAUGGAGUAGGGACGAUAUUGAAGGCAUUUUUUCGAAAAAACCGUUGGUGCGCAUCGAUUCGAAAGUAAAUGACGUUAAACGGUGACUUUUUAGACAUUGGAGCUUGGUGGAGAAGCGCUAGUAUUAAUUCUACCUUCCAUAAAUCCUAAACCCCGACAACGGAAGACGCUCAAUGCUUUAUCUCUGCGACUUCGUGCCAUGCGUAAAUGUUAAUAUGUGAGCGAUUUGAUAGCGCAUGUGAGCUAUAUUUAAAUGCGCAUCAAGUGCGUCAGAGUCGUCCCGUGGGCCCGAUAACACCCUCCCCCCGGCACGUACUGUACUGUAUCAAUUUCUUGCAUCCAGGGAGCCAUAAACAUGAUGAAGGGGGGAGGGAGGUUUAGUAGGUGAAACAGGUGAUAUGUGUUCAGGCACGCAGCGAACAGGAGACGGAAAUCGAAUUCCAAUAAAUAGCACGCCGCAAUAAAUCGCUCUUCUCAUCUUUGCCUGGCCACGCACACGCCGGUGGACAUGUGGUUUGAUUUUUCAUGUUCGCGGUUGUCUUCGAAUGAAUUGGGCAAUGUUAUUACCCCUGGGCCGCCCCAGCAGCUGAUUGGGUGGAUCGUUCGCACGCGCCUUGUUUUUUUUUGCACACUUUUCACCCCGUUGAUGAGGUGAAAAAUGAACCCAGCAAUAGCAAGAACGGGAAGAGGGACACGUUCGAUGUAAAUAUAUAUAUUUACCGUUUUCAUUAGCGCUUGGGAAAUGAAAAAUCUACUACCGUUCUUUCUUUUUUUGCUGUUGUUGCUGUCCCGCCGGCGUUUGCCAACUUCCCUCCGGACCCGUAACCGGAUCUUCGUGUGCAGUUGCUCGCUCGCUCGGCCUGACGUGGGAUGAUUUAUGUGGCUCGUGACACACUUGCGAUUCACAAAUCACAGCACACACACACACACAUACAUCGUGAAGGAAAGGAAGGAAAGGGUUGAUGAGGGCCAGGAUUUCGGUUCAAAGGGAAUGUGUGUGUGGGAAGAUUUGGUUUAUGCGAUUUUUGAAAAAUGAAUAAAAACACACGCACACACACACACACACUAUUUAGCUUAAACUACGUCACGACAGUGCUGGUAAAUGGGUUUUUCCAACAGUAUAAGUGGCUUCUUCCCUCCCCCCCCCCGCUUUUUUGGGUUCAGAAUCGGUGUACACACGACAUUACGGGUGAACUAUCAUGCCGGAUGAUUUAAUGCAUUCUUGGGCACGUAUUAGAAGGGGGAGAAGCGCUUCUUUAUUGUGGUAACUGCUAUAUUACCUGCUCUACUGCUCUACCCUCGCACUGCCAUUUCGGGGGCGAUGGGAGGUGGGGACUGUAAUUAUACCCAUAAAUAAUCAAACUCAAAACUGAUAGAACACGUGCGCUCGCGAUGCGCCAGAGAGGAGGGAACGCGGUUCGCAAAACCCUUCGCUACGCCAAACAAAAACAACAACCAAAAAAAAAGAGAGCAAUUGUAACCCAUUGCUGUUGCGUUCUUGCUUUUGGUGAUGGGGCGAAGAAGCGACUCACGUACUCUUAGGUUAGACCACGCAAAAAAUGUGAAAACUGCAACACUCCAUUUCCUUUCCCCGCUGCAUUAUGAUUAAUGUGCACUAGAAGUGGUGCUUCUAAUGCGUCUUUUCGGAAGGGGUUGUGGGGACUGGUGUGUCCUUCCACGCGAUGUUGUUCAGCAUACCAUUCCAUAGGUGGGUUCGGGAAAGUGCAUUGAAUUGCAUCGCGCUAGGUGCGCUCACAUUAGCGAUAAAUUACGCAGCGUCAGGUAUGGGAGGUAUGCACACAAACAGGGGGUAGUGGGUAUAGAGCGACAAAUAGUGCAAUGUGGUGUGAGGUAUUGUGAGGAUGCAUUCUAAUGGAGGAUUCUAAUGGAGGUUAUGACACUGGAAUUCAACGCUAUACAGGAAUGGGACAUAUUUUGGGAAGAUACUUCACUGUAUUAAUGGUUUAUUUAGUGUUAAAAGUAAAUAAAUGCAUUGAAUUGAGACAAUCACUUUUCGUGCCUAGUUGAUUUGCCGAUCUCGUAGUACAGUCGUCAACUCGUACGACUUAACAACAUGCCCGUCAUGGGUUCAAUCCCCAAAUAGACCGCGCCGCCAUACGUAGGACUGACUAUCCUGCUAUGGGGGGGAAUCAAUUAGUCACUGAAAGCCAAUCCCACAAGUGGGUACAGGCAGGCCUUGACCGACAUCGGUUGUUGAGCCAAAGAUGAAUGAAGCCUAGUUGAUUUCACAUUUUCUUAUUCUAAACAUUUUCAAAUUACUCGCGCUUUAAGAAGGUAGCUGAAUUCAUUUAAAAUCCUCGUAUAUAACUGUCUGUACAUAGAAUAGAAUAAAAUCAGCAUAGAAGAAACACAAAAAGCUAUCCAUCGGCUGAAAAAUAACAAGGCACCCGGAACCGACGGAAUUGCAGCUGAACUGGUCAAGAAUGGAGGUGCACGACUAGAAAACGAGAUUCAUCAAAUUGAUACUGAGGUGUGGGAUAGCGAAUCAAUACCUUGUGAUUGGAAUCUCGGCAUCAUCCACCCCAUAUACAAGAAGGGAGACAGGUUGGACUGUAACAACUACAGGGGUAUUACGGUGUUGAAUACCGCCUAUAAAAUAUUCUUCCUGAUCCUUCAGGAUCGUCUUGUACCUCACGUCGAAGAGAUAGUCGGAAACUAUCAUAUAGGAUUCCGAAACGGAAAAUCAACCACUGAUCAGAUCUUCACCAUGCGGCAGAUCUUGGAGUAGCUGGCUGAAUACAGACACGACACAUACCAUCUCUGCAACUGACUUCAAAGCCGCAUAUUAUAGCAUAGUCAGGGUAAAACUGUAUGACGCUAUGAGCUCUUUUGGAAUCCCGGCCUAACUGAUAAGGCUUGUUAGAAUGACUAUGAACAACGUCAUUUGCCAGGUGAGGGUGGAUGGAAAACUCUCAGGACCUUUUGCUACCACCAAGGGUCUGCGCCAGGGGGACGGGCUUGCCUGUCUCCUAUUUAAUUUGGCGCUAGAGGGUGGAGACUACGGGAUCCAUCUUCUGUAAGUCAACUCAGAUACUGGCAUACGCGGAUGAUAUCAACAACAUUGGUCUGCGGCUCUCCUGUGUAGCAGAAGCUUACCAAGCAGGCGGCAGAGAACCUCGGAUUGCAGAUAAACGAGGCAAAGACCAAACUGAUUGUGGCAACAUCAGUCAAUAAAUAAUCAACACCUACGUAGGCGUGACGUACAGAUAGGUGAACGCACUUUUGAAGUCGUCCCGCAAUUCACCUAUCUGGGGUCAAAGGUCAGCAACCUAUUAUCGUUGCUGACAGCUGAGUUUCGCCCAAGGAUGCUGACUGCCAACCGGUCAUUCUACAGCUUGCUAAAUCAGUUCACCUCAAAGAACCUGUCGCGACGGACGAAGCUGGAACUGUAUAGUACCUAUAUAGUACCGGUACUCACAUACGCCUCUAAGACAUGGACACUGUCUAAAUCUGACGAAACCCUCUUUGAGGUAAGGGAUGUGUUUUACCGAAGUGGUUUUUGUACUGGAAGUUUGCUUACUGGAGUGAUUCUCCAUUAAAAAACACAUACAUGUCAAAACAUGAACCAUCCGGAAUCUUACGAAGAGAAAUUCAUAGCAAAUGUGCAUUUUUCUCACAAAUUUAACCUCUCAGUUAGCUGUCACCUACUGUAGUAGUAAAGGGGUUUUGUAGUCUAAUUUUUUGAUGAACCUUUAUGCGUUGAAGAUCGCCAGAAAAGAGUGUUGUAUUCUCAUCUCUACUCAGCAUGUGAUGAGAAUAGAGCCAACCGGCUGUGAGGAAGAAUUAUAAAGUGAAACGAAUAAAAUACCGCUGCUGUUAUUUUGGUAAGUUCACAGCUUAAGUUAAGCCGUGCCAUUGGAGUUUAAAUAAUGCAAUUAAAGCUUCAUUAGAGAGUUUGACAGAGAGGAUUAGUGCAAGAGGAACUAUGCUUGUGUAAUUACAUUAUACUAAACAUACUAGCAGAUACAUUUUAAGCUUUUUGGUUCCUUCUCUUGGCGAUUUAUUACUAUUUUUACUUCAGCUUUAAUUCCGUAACGGUCACACAUGUACAUCCCAAGGUCAUUAGAUAUGAGUAAAAAGACAUUGUUCGAUUUUAUUGUGCUAUCCUUUUUCUGAUUUUUUUCUCCUAUUCAUGGAACAGUGUGUUUGAAGAGCUGAAAAUAGUAUACUAUCGAACGGGAGGUUACUCUGGUUGCUGGCUUGCUGGUUGGCUUAAUUAUAGCAUGCAGUCACAUGCUAAAAUUAAUUGCUUAAUAAUGGAAUAUAUAGCUCAAUUAAUAAUGUAAAACCGACAUGCACGAUUCAAUUAUUUACCUCGUUGAAAGGGAAAGGGAAACGAUCCGAACACACAUCUUCAAUGUCGAGAAUGAGAAUAAUCCCGUUGUGACAUUGCCACUGGAAAGUCGACAAAGAUGGUACGUCUCAGCUUUGAAGAAACGCUUCGAAACACCAACCUGAUGCUACUGAUGAUGGGCAUUCCACCGUGCGAGGAGCCGUACCCGCCGGGCGUACUGCCGUCGCUCAAACGCAAUGCGGGCUUUAUCGCGUCCUUCCUGCUGCUCGCCUACACCACGAUCGGUGAGCUGAUCUAUCUGAAGCAGAUGUUCGAGCGGGACGUUACCUUCCUGGAGGUAACCUUUCAAGCGCCCUGCAUCGGGUACUGCACAAUCGGUGUGCUGAAGAUGGUCAUACUGGCCCGGGGAAGGAACACGAUCGCCGAGCUGGUCGGUUUGUUUCGCGCAAAGUGGACGUCGGCGAUUGUAACCGGUGAGCAUUGGGCGGUGUGCGAGGACACAAUGCGGCCCGCCAUUCGGGUCACCUCGGUAACGGCGCUCGCGAACGUCGUGAUGGGGAUAGCGUUCACCAUCCUGCCGAUCGCGGAGAUGAUCUACACCCAUCACUACACGGGCCGGUGGAACCGUCAGCUGGCCUUCAACAUCUGGUGGCCGUUCGAUGUGCUGGGUGGCGUAAAGUACUACUGGUUCGUCUAUCCACUGUACGUCGUGAUUGGGUUCACGGGCAUCAUCAUCCAUAUGGCGUUCGACUGUUUGUUCUGCAUACUGGCGGCCCAUCUCUGUAUGCAGUUUCGCAUCCUGGCGCACAACUUUGGCCAUGUGGUAGAGGUUGCCAAUGGUGCUGGUGAAGGUGACAGUGGCAGUACGAGUCGGCUACAGGAUGCGAUCAGAAUCCAUCAGGAGUUGAUUGGCUGCAGCGUGUUCAUGCAGAACGUGUUUGGCAAUGCGCUGUUUAUUAACUUCCUCGGCAGCUCCAUCAUAAUCUGCAUCCAGGCGUUUAUGAUAACGGUAACAUGUAGUGUUGUAGUGACGCACCUGGAGUCGUCUGGAGUCUGCUUUAUCAAAGAGGCGCCCACCACCAAAGCACCCCCAAAAUGUUGUACGUUCAGACCUUUUCAUUUCCUGCAAUAUCCUGUUUCUUUCCCGACCCCACAGACGGUUAGCGGAUAUAUGCUGGUAAAGUUUGUCCUCUUCAUGCUGUGCUUUCUGAUCGAGCUGCUGAUGCUGUGUGCGUACGGUGAGGAUAUUGUGGAAUCGAGCCUUGCGGUGAUUGAUGCCGCUUACGGUUGCGAAUGGUACCGGGAAGGGUCGGUGGCGUUCCAUCGAUCCGUGCUGCAAAUUAUACACCGCAGCCAGCAGCCCGUCAUACUGACGGCGUGGAAAAUCUGGCCAAUCCAAAUGAGUACUUUCAGUCAGAUCCUGCAAGCUUCCUGGUCCUACUUUACCCUCCUGAAGACCGUCUACGGGAAUAAGUGAGCGCUAGAGAGAGAGAGAGAGCAGUAUCGUUCACCCUUUGGAUGAAUCAAUACAUUUCUAAUCAAGAACCAUUGAAAAAUGAAUCAACAUUUUCGCUAGUUGCACAAUAUUGUACCAUUCUAUACAGCUUCACCACGACCAAGCGUUUGUUGCAUCAGGACCAAACACGUUUCGACAAGCCGCGUCACCUGCUGGCUGGUAAAGGUGGUAAACACAACACUUUGACUCACCGUUUGUGUAACGUAACGUUACAAAAACAAAACACAAACCCCUACACCGCCGUCUAUCAGCUGUUGAGGUGGGGCAGUCGUAAAAAUAGGGAGUAUAAAAAACAAACAACACCAAGCAAACCCUUAUCGCGUACCGGCGCGCACCGGCAAACCCCAAUAAUGGCCGACAGAGCGAGUGCGAUGAGGAAAAGUGCGAUGACCAAUGGGAAAACUAUUCGCGAGCCAUAAGCUUAUCAGGUUUGAUUUGCUUUCGUCACUGUUUCGCCGGUCAAGUCACGAGUUUUGGGUGGGUCGAAGUGGUGGUGGUGUUGGUCACCCUUAUCUAAUCGCGUUGCGCACCCGAUCGGAAACCACCACCACGUCACAGAGAUUCCAACCACACAGGCGCACAACACACAUAUUUAAUCAAAAGUUCUAUGAAUUGGGAUGGAACAGAAAAGGUGCGCUUUGUGCCCUUGUUAACAGCACAAAUUAGAGGUGAUGAAAUCAAUAAAAAGGUAAAAAAACAAA